CUCCCUGGCUUGCAGAAUCAUCUCAUCCAGCUCCUUCACAUACACUCCCGCCUCCACUUAGAUCACCUACUCAGCAUGCAGGCACAAACACACAUCUGCAGCAGCAUGAAACUCAGCACAUGGUGCCUACUUGCACUGCUCAUCCUGCAGCAGGUUUCAGCUGGUCCUGUGCUGCAGCCAGACUCCCCAUCUGGGUCUGUGCAGAAAGUGCUGACGCGUGUGGCCAGGAUGACUCCCUUGUGGAGGAUCAUGGGUACUAAACCUUUUGGAGCUUACUGUCAGAACAACUACGAAUGCUCAACAGGAACAUGCAGGAAAGGUCAUUGUUCGUUCAACCAGUCCGUGAAAUCCUAGAGGUGUGAUGGGGCUCCUGAAUCCUCACAGCGUGACUGCAGACCCUCUGACACACAUAUGGUUCUUAAAAAAUGCAUCUUUUAGGGCUUUCUUGACUUUCUUAUGACAGAGAUGGUGAAGAGGGGGAGUGUGUGCUUGUGUGUGUGUGUGUGUGUGAGAGAGAGAGAGAUGGGGUAGGGUUUGGGAUUUAAAGGCCGGAUUUAAAACUGGGUCCCCAUGGGCAGGCAAGCCCUUUUGUGGGCCGGUGCGUUAGCGCGCUGCGCCACAGCACCCCAGAACACAUCUGGUUCUUAUCAUUGAGUGACACAUGUAGGUUGCUAGUAGAUUAACUCCGGCUAUUAACUAACCUGUAAAGCUUUGGCUGGGCAGGACCACAUUGAUCUGCCAAGAGCCGGGUUAGUUAUUGAUAUGCAUGACUGUGUACAAUGAAACGUUCAAGAGAUGGAUUUUUUGCACAAUCUUAGUCAUUUAGCUUAUUCUGAAAAGUAUUUAUAGGGAACAAAGUUACCCGAUAUGUAACUUGAUAUACUAAAGUACUGUACCAAGCAAGUGCCUGUAUUAUUUUUUUCUCUUCCUUUCUUUUUGACAUGAAACCUCAUAAGUAACACUACGAUUAUAAUCAGUAAGCACGACACUUAGGGUGUUAAAAUACAGAAAUGGCACAGACUGCAAAAGCGUUUUCAUCUGGCAUGGGUCUUAUAUUUGAAUGCAGUGUUUGCCUGUUGGACUUAAAGCGAAAUGUGAGAACAAACCGUACAGAGAACAGAGGUCAGACCUUAGUGUCAGUGAACUUUGCCAAACUUGCAGAAUUAGAACUCAAAUACUAUCUAUGACAAGAUAAAGAGUUAAAAAGAAUUGGAGUAUUACAACCCAUUUUGCACUUAUUUGUUUGUUUUUUAAACUGUCUUUUUGUUACUUACUCUGUUAAUAUGUAUUUUUAUAUUUGAAAUUGUCAUUAGAAAAGUGGUGCAUCUUCUAUGCCUUACAACAUGCUCACUGUAAAACAAAACAUGGUGACUGGAAUAUAAUUACAGUAGAGUGUAGGUUCUUAAUUACCUUGUCAUUUCAGCAUUAUUUUGUGUUGGUUUUGUUAUUAUUUUAUUUGUAAAGACAUAUCCAAAUGAGAACCUUCAGAUUGUCUUUUCAGUACGUACUGUGGAACUUGAAAGAAUUUGGAAGAAUACAUGUAGAAUGUAGCAGUUUAUAUUUGUUAAGCCUCAAUAAAGCAAUCAAUGUUUCCAAUUCCAAAGAGCUAAA